GGAGGUAGAAUUGAAUGGAGGUAUUAACUAACCAAGUGGCUAAUUAAACUAGUUAAUUAAUUGCAAGCUAAUUAAGCUAGCUGAUAACCAUAUAUAUAAACCCCAUUGCACCUUGGCAACCAAGAAGGGCGAGAAGCCAAGAAAUCAUCUCUCCAUCCAUUGCUCGCAGAUGGACAAGAUGAUGCGGAGCCAGGGCGGCGGCGGUGUCGCCGGCGAGUACCAGUACUACUACCAUGGCGGCACCGGCGCCGGCGGCCUCGUCGACCAGGAGAUGGCCGUGGCGGCGCCGGCGACGUCCGACGACGACGGAGUGGUGCUCCUCAUGGAGCUUCUUGAUGGCGAGGAGGAGAUGGGGGACGACUACUCGCCGUCGCCGGCGGCAACGACCGACGGCGACGGCGACGCCGAUCAGCUGAGCCGCGUGAUCCGGUCGCUCGAGGCCGAGAUCGGCGGUGGCGGCGCCACCGGGGCGGUGGCGGCGGCGACGGCGACGAGGGACAGCGACGAGAGCAUGGCCGCCGCCGGGCCGGCGAGCGACGACGACGGCGCAGCAGCAGCUGGGAUCAGACGGCUGGAGGACAUGUUUUCCGACGACCUCGACGGCUACGGCGGCGGGGCGUUCGGGUACGGCUGGCCGCCGGAGUUGGCGUUGCCGGCGGCGGCGAGCUGGUGCGUGUACGACGACGAGCAUUUGUACUAUGGAGAUGGCUCCAUUGAUGAGCAAGUGUACAGCCCCUUGUGGGAGCAAUAAAUAUGAAUAAAUCGAUGAAUUGUUGUAGAAAUUAGGGAAAUAGGUUGAUGUGCAUAGAGUAAAUUAUGAAAAUCCGUGGAUAUAUAUCACAGUGUUAGCAUUUCUCCAGAAAAAAUUGAAAAAAAAAUAUUUGUACCAAUAUAAGCUCUGCUUGUUCAGUGUA